AGAGAGAGAGAGCGAGAGAGACAGACAGAGAGACAGAGAGAAAGACAGAGAGAGAGAGAGAGCUGUGUGAAUGGACGAGGGACACAGAGCGAGGGAGGCGAAGAGACUCUGUUACCUAACUACACCCUGAAAACAACAACAGGCCGUCCUGCUGAAGGAUUAACUCCCUCAUCGUGCUAUCAUGACCCUCCCCUCGGUGGCGGUGCUCCCCCUGCUGGUCGUAGUGGCGGCGGGCGUUUACUACAUCUACAAUGAGGUCAUGCGGUACAUGUCCAAGUCUUUAGUGAAGAACAAAGUGGUGGUCAUCACUGAUGCCGUUUCUGGGGUCGGAACAGAGUGUGCCCAUCUCUUCCACAAGGGCGGGGCCAGACUCAUCCUGUGUGGGGCGAGCUGGGACAAACUGGAGUCUCUGUACGACUCUCUGACGAACGACGCCGACCCCAGAGAGACGUUUGCUCCGAAGCUGGUGAUCCUGGACUUCAGUGACAUGGACAGUGUGGAGGAGAUGGUGUCGGAGGUGGUGGAGUGUUACGGCUGUGUGGAUGUGCUGAUCUGUAACAGCAGCGUGAAGCUGAAGGCCCCCGUGCAGAGCGUUUCUCUGGAGCUCGACAGAAACAUCAUGGACAUCAACUACUUUGGACCCAGCUCUCUGGCUAAAGGUGUUCUUCCCACAAUGAUCUGCAGACGAUCGGGUCACAUCGUCCUCGUUACCAGCAUCCAUGGAAGACUGGCCGUGCCGUUCAGGAGCUCAUACACAGCCUCUAAGCAUGCGGCUCAGGCCUUCUUCGACUGUCUGCGGGCUGAGGUGGAGGAGUAUGGGAUCUUGGUGAGCACCGUCAGUCACACCUUCAUCAACACCUCCGAGCCGUUGCCCGUUAAAGAGUCCGCCCCCAAAGCCAACACGCUGUCUGCAUUCAUCGCCAGCCAGCUGACCCAUGGUGUGCGCCCGUCCAUCCUGGCCAAUGAGAUCAUGCAGACGGUAAACAGGAAGAAGAAGGAGGUGGUGCUGGCACACCCCGUCCCCCGGGUGGCGCUGCUGCUGCGCUCCUCCUCCCAUCCUUCCUCUUCGCCGUGCUCGCUGCUGGAGUGAAGGACUCGGAGCUGAACGAGCAGAUGCAGUAAAGACGCCAUCCAGAGGCGGAGCCUGCAGAGCCUGCAGAGCCGUCAGGCUUGAGUGGUCAUCAGGAGGAUGUUUGUUUGUAGAAAUGUAAUAAAAGUUUAAUUCCCAUGAAAUGAAGAUGUUCUUUAAA